AGUCUUUAGAGAGAAUUUGGUUGCUGGCCAGCCACUCAGGGGCCUACUCUGGGAUUGGGGGUCAGAGUAGCCUUUGAGAAGAGCAUAAGUAAUCCAAUCGCUCUGUGGAACUUUUAAACACCUAUUAUUAGUAGAAACAUUAUUUCCUACAAAAUGAAGUCAACAUCUUAAUUUAAACCAGCAUUUGUAUGGUUCUGAUUUUCCUACAAUGGUUCACGAAUCUUGAGAUCUAAGGAGUACAGGGUCUUUUGCGAUGACAAUAUGACUAAUAGCAAAGGAAGAUCUAUCACUAAUAACACAAGUAGUGGAGGAGGUUUAGUAGACUGGACUUUAAGCUUAAAUACAAUUCAGUCUGAUAAGUUUUUAAACUUGUUGUUGAGUAUGGUUCCAGUAAUUUAUCAGAAAAACCAGGAAGAUAGGCACAAGAAAGCUAACGGUAUUUGGCAAGAUGGGUUAUCAACAGCAGCACAGACUUUUAGCAAUCGAUCUGAGCAGCUCAUGGAGUUUCACAAUUUCUCAGAGCAGUCUUUUCAUGGCAAUAAUGGGCACACACCAGCAAGCUGUAGCCCCAAGUAUGAUGACUAUGCCAACUACAAUUACUGUGAUGGAAAGGGCACUGCAGAAGCUGCCGCCAUGUUACAGAAUGAAGAUGCAUCUAGUGAUGGGGAUGAAGACGCCAUUGUGGAAGCAAACCAGAAAUCGCCAAAGGAAUCCAGUGGUGUCAUGGCACUGCAAAUACUGGUGCCAUUUUUGCUAGCUGGUUUUGGAACAGUUUCAGCCGGCAUGGUUUUGGAUAUAGUCCAGCACUGGGAGGUGUUCAAAAAGGUAACAGAAGUCUUCAUUUUAGUUCCUGCACUUCUUGGUCUCAAAGGGAACUUGGAAAUGACAUUGGCAUCCAGAUUAUCCACUGCAGUAAAUAUUGGGAAGAUGGAUUCACCCAUUGAAAAGUGGAACCUCAUAAUUGGCAACUUGGCUUUAAAGCAGGUUCAAGCGACAGUGGUUGGUUUUCUAGCGGCUGUGGCAGCAAUUAUACUGGGCUGGAUUCCAGAGGGGAAAUACUAUCUUGACCAUUCCAUACUUUUGUGCUCCAGCAGUGUGGCAACGGCUUUCAUUGCAUCUCUUCUACAAGGAAUAAUAAUGGUUGGGGUUAUUGUUGGUUCAAAGAAGACUGGCAUAAAUCCUGAUAAUGUUGCUACCCCCAUUGCCGCUAGUUUCGGCGACCUCAUAACUCUUGCCAUAUUAGCCUGGAUAAGUCAGGGUUUGUACUCCUGUCUUGACAACUAUUACUACAUUUCUCCAUUAGUUGGUGUCUUUUUCUUGGCUCUAACUCCUAUCUGGAUUAUAAUAGCUGCCAAACAUCCAGCCACAAGGACAGUUCUCCACUCAGGCUGGGAGCCUGUCAUAACAGCUAUGAUUAUAAGUAGCAUUGGGGGCCUUAUUCUGGACACAACUGUAUCUGAUCCAAACUUGGUUGGCAUUGUUGUUUACACACCAGUUAUUAAUGGUAUUGGUGGUAAUUUGGUGGCCAUUCAGGCUAGUAGGAUUUCUACCUACCUUCAUUUACAUAGCAUUCCAGGAGAAUUGCCUGAUGAACCCAAAGGUUGUUACUACCCAUUUAGGACUUUUUUUGGUCCAGGAGUGAAUAAUAAGUCUGCUCAGGUUCUACUGCUUCUUGUGAUUCCUGGACAUUUAAUUUUCCUCUACACUAUUCAUUUGAUGAAAAGUGGUCACACUUCUUUAACUGUGAUCUUCAUAGUGGUAUAUUCCCUUGCUGCUGUGCUGCAGGUGUUUACCUUGCUGUGGAUUGCUGACUGGAUGGUCCAUCACUUCUGGAGGAAAGGGAAGGACCCGGAUAGCUUCUCCAUCCCCUAUCUGACGGCAUUGGGUGACCUGCUUGGGACAGCUCUGUUAGCCUUAAGUUUUCAUUUUCUUUGGCUUAUUGGAGAUCGAGAUGGGGACGUUGGAGAUUAAUAAAUCCUACAAACUGUUCUCAAGUCCCAAGGAGGAAAACACAAGACAACCACUUAUGACUCUUUUUCAAAAAUCUUAAAUCAGUAGUUUGACUUCUACCAGGGUAAUCUUCAGUUGGCCCUGAUUCAAUUAAAUGGCCUUAACAUUUUUUUAAGGAAUUUGUGUUAAAACCAGAAUGAACAGUAUUUGUGCUGCUUUUCAUAGAAUAAAUGGUAAUUUGACAUAGAUGUAGACACAAGCUCAAGCUCUGAAAUUAAUUAAAUAGGGAAGAAUAUAGGAUGUUUACAGUGAAUAAUUUAAAAACCACUGAUGUAGCAGAAAUGUACUUUAUUAUUGUUUAACUUAUAAUGCCAGGUUCAAGGAAACCAAGUUCUACUUUAGCCUGUCUUAUCUCACAGAUGGACUGUCCUGCAAAUCCUACUAUAAAAUGAAAGGGACCAAAACCAAGCCUUUAAUAGUUUUAACUAUGCCCACCUCUCUGCUAGCUGAGGAUAAAUGAUCAGCGACUAGCUCCCAACCUGACUUAAAUAUGUUCUGCUGAGCAUAAGAUAAACUUACCUUUCCCUG